CGGCUACACAGGCACGUGGACCUAAGCCUCACCAAGGGAAGGGGGGUGGCGACAGGCCACCAGAGAAAGACAGCACGGAAGACUAAAUUCUCCUCGCCCCACUUCUGAUCUCCGCAAUCCAGAUUUUAAACUUUGACUUUCCAGUCCCCACCUGCGUCCUGAGCCCCAACUUCUGUUCUUCUGUGUCCCAAGUAUGAAUCCUUUCUGGUUGGAAACAGGUUCCCACCAGCUGUCCCACACCACCCAGGGGUAUGCGCCUCAGGCAGGCGAAUGAGUGAGAACACAGUGUCCCGGGGGAGGAGAGGUGAGAAAUCCCCCUUCUCUGCCCGAGAGUUCCUGGGGACAACCCCAUCCAGCCGCAUUGCAAAUAGCCAAGGAAGAGCUCACUUCAGCUGGGUUCCUGAGCCAAGGCCAGGACGCUGGGCUCCGCAGGACCAUCCUGCUCGCCUAAUCCGCUAUUUAAGGAGCUGCUCGCCUGCAGCCCGGGCGCCACCCCCCUCCUCACGUACACCGGUUCAGAGCCACCUUAAAAGCGGGAGGCAACUGUGAAGUUGCUGGCCAGUAAGUGGUGUGGAGACUCCGGAGGACAUACAGAGAGAGAGAGUGAGAGAAACAGAGAGAGAGAGAGAGAGAGAGAGAGGAGAGAGAGAGAGAGAGAGAGAGAGAGAGAGAUGAGAGAGAGAGAGAGAGAGAGGGAGAGAGGAGAGAGAGAGGGAGAGAAGAGAGAGAGAGAGAGAAUUAAUUUAUCCUGGGAUCCAGAAGUUCGUUCUCACCUGAGGAAAGUCAAAUCCCUGGAAGCCCGCAGAGACAAGAGGAAAAGAUACGGACGCCAGAAACUCCUCUCUAUCUCCCUCACCACCUAAAUCUCCUUGCUCCCAAAUUCCUGGUCCCCUGAGUACCCUUGUGGAGAUAAUAUGUUGUUCUUCGCUCUCCUGUUAAAGGUGACUUGGAUCCUGGCUGCAGAAGGGGGUCACCACUGGACGUAUGAAGGCCAACAUGGUCAGGACCACUGGCCAACCUCUACCCCUGAGUGUGGAGGCGAUGCCCAGUCCCCCAUCAACAUUCAGACAGACAGUGUGAUAUUUGACCCUGAUCUGCCUGUGUACAGCCCCAUGAUAGACCAGCCUGUUGAGCCUUUGGAGCUACACAAUAAUGGCCAUACAGUGCAGCUCUCCCUGCCCUCUACCCUGCACCUGGGCGGACUGCCCCGGAAAUACACAGCAGCCCAGCUUCACCUGCACUGGGGUCAGAGAGGAUCCCAAGAGGGCUCUGAGCACCAGAUCAACAGCGAAGCCCCGGUGCAGAGGUACAGGCUAGGACACUAUGACUCGGAGUCCUAUGGCAGUCUGAGUGAGGCUGCUCAGAAGCCUCAGGGCCUGAGGCUUCGGGAGGAGCAGGGAGUUGUUGCACUCUGCCCAGAGGACCCCUGUGCAGGAAGGCUGACACUUGCUCUGCCCUCCAUAGAUGAGGAUACCUCAGUGCCUCCCUUCAAUGUGAGAGAGCUGUUCCCCCAGCAGCUGGAGCAGUUCUUCCGGUACAACGGCUCACUCACGACCCCACCCUGUUACCAGAGUGUGCUCUGGACAGUCUUCCACAGAAGGGCCCAGAUUUCAAUGGGACAGUUAGAAAAGCUUCAGGGAACGCUGUUCUCUACGGAAGAGGAGCCAUCUGCGCCCCUCACACAGAACUACAGAGUCCCCCAGCCUAACCAGCGGACCAUCUUGGCUUCCUUCGUCAAGGUGGACUGUGGGACCAUGUAUACCACAGGAGAGAUGCUGGGUCUAUGGUGUGGGAAUCUUGGCUGGAUGUCUUGCCUUCUGCUGGCUGUUUAUUUCAUGCUCAAAAAUUAGGAAGAGAAGAAGAGGCUAGGAAACAGGAAGAGUGUGGCCUUCACCUCGGCACGGGCAACCACAGAGGCAUAAACCCCAUCUCCAAGCCAUGGACACCCUCCCCUCAUACCCAUCAGGGUAUCUAAGGGGGUGCGGGGGCUGGACUAGAACGUAGCAGGCAGACACAUGUCUUCUCGAUACCAACUCUGCACAACGUGCGCCAGAGAAGCAAGGACCCCAGGGCUUCAAGGAAGAGUGGAGUCUCUGGCCUUCCAAAGGCACGUAGGUCAGGGAGAUCCCUGCUUUAACGGGCAGUAUAAGAAGCUGAGGGUGUGCGCUGAUGUCCCUCACCUCAAC